AUGUUUCGCUCUUUGAAUCUUACUAAAGGUUUUACCAGCCGAGCUUCUAUGCUCACCAAAGGGCAACAAAAGCGUGGUCUUGCAAUACAUGAAUAUUUGUCAAUGGAACUCUUGAAUAAGUAUGGUGUAAAAACUCCAAAAGGUGGAGUUGCUACAACUCCUCAACAGGCUUACGAAGUUGCUCAAAAUCUAGGUACUGAGGAUGCGGUUAUCAAAGCUCAGGUACUUGCAGGUGGUCGCGGGAAAGGUACUUUCACAAGUGGUCUGAAGGGAGGAGUUAGAGCAAUUUUUUCCGCAGCCGAAGCCAGGAUGUUUUCCGAGCAAAUGCUUGGCUAUAACCUUAUAACAAAGCAAACUGGUGCAGCUGGAAAAAUAUGUAAUGCGGUUUUUGUCGUUGAACGUAAAUUCGUUCGUCGUGAAUAUUAUUUUGCCAUUCUACAAGAUAGAAAAUCCCAAGGACCUGUCAUUGUUGCUUCUUCUCAAGGUGGUGUUGAUAUUGAAAGUGUGGCUGCUGAAAAUCCCGAAGCUAUUAUAACAUUUCCAAUUGAUAUCGACGAGGGCUUAAAAAAGGAGGAUGCUAGAAAUAUAAUGGAAAAAUUGGGAUUUUCUCCGAGAGUUCUUGAUGACGCAACUGACAUGAUCCUAAAACUUUAUCAAUUAUUUACUGAUAAAGACUGUACCCAAGUUGAAAUCAAUCCUAUGGCAGAAUCUGCCGAUCACGAAGUUCUUUGUAUGGAUGCAAAACUUAAUUUCGAUGAUAACGCGGAAUUCCGUCAAAAGGAUGUAUUUGCCUUGCGUGAUUCAUCACAAGAAGACUCGCGUGAAGUGCAAGCAGCCAAAUAUAAUUUGAAUUACAUUGGAUUGGAUGGACAAAUCGGUUGUUUAGUAAACGGAGCCGGUUUGGCCAUGUCUACCAUGGAUAUAAUUAAACUUCACGGAGGAGAACCUGCCAAUUUCUUGGAUGUUGGCGGAGGGGCGACGGCAGAACAAGUUACCGAGGCAUUCAAAAUUAUAUCAUCCGAUCCGCAAGUUACUGCCAUUUUAGUAAAUAUCUUUGGAGGUAUCAUGCGUUGUGAUAUUAUCGCUCAAGGUAUAAUUCAAGCAACCACGCAAUUAUCGCUAUCAUUGCCGGUCAUUGUUCGAUUGCAAGGGACUGAAGUUAAAGCAGCAAAGAAACUUAUCGCGGAAUCAGGUUUACGUAUUAUUUCGGUUGAUGACCUUGAUGAUGCUGCUUCUAAAUCUGUACAAUUAUCAAAGAUUGUACAACUUGCGCGAGAAGCGAAGAUAGGUGUUUCUUUUGAAUUACCCAUAUAA